GCUGCAUUUGAUGACCUCAUCCCUGGAGUGGGAUGACGUCAAGUUCAAGAUGGAUGGAAUCACGACUACCACACACUCAACAGAAUUCUGAUAUAAAUUCUUGUUCGUGUGUUCCGUGGGAACAGAACGAAGAUAUAGGGCCAGAAUGGAGAGUCUGGUGCACUACAGUAAUCUAUCCCAUGGCCUCUCUGUGCUGGGGGUGCUCAAUGAGCAGCGCCUGAGGGGGCAGCUCUGUGACACAGUCUUGGUUGUGGGGGAUCAGCGGUACCAGGCCCACAGGAGUGUGCUCGCCGCUAGCAGUGAGUAUUUCCAAUCACUGUUCACACGAAGGGAGUCUGAGCCCCACAAAGUGAUACAGCUGGACUUCUGUGAGCCUGACGCCUUUGAGAUAGUACUGAAUUACAUAUACUCAUCCUCCCUCUUCGUGGACAGAGGCAGCCUGGCAGCCAUCCAGGAGCUGGGCUACAGUCUAGGAAUCCCUUUUCUAAUCAACAUUAUGUCAACAAGGCCGCAUGUGUCCUACUGCAUCUCCAGAAAAAGGCUGUCCUUCUCAGAGGACGAUAACGACAUCCAGCUGAGGAGUGUCAUUGUGCGCCAGAGCCGAAGGGGUGAUGCUACCGGGGCCGGACGCUAUGGUUCAAAUGAUCAAGGAGAACAGACUCAAGCUUCAGGACACAGGAAACCAAACGAAUCAGCCAGGAACACUGCAUCCAAUCCCAGAAAAUCAGCUGAAGCAACUGGUGAGGGUUCUGAUGGCAAGCCCAUCAGUUCAUAUGCCUCCAUCUUAAAGGGGAUGACAUCACACACAGGGUCAUCAGUAAGGCCACAGCUCACCUCCUCAGUCUCCUUCAGUGAAUCUCCAACAGUCAUGUUACAGUCUGAUCUAAGCACUAAAGAAGAGGAGGAGGAGCAGAGGCUCUACAGAUCCAAACCACAAUUUCAGGGCCAGGUAGGGGAGCCUAGUCAGACCAUUGACAGGAGUGGCCCACUCAUAAAAAGCCUGCUGCGCAGGUCCUUAUCCAUGGACAGUCCCAUCCCAGUCUUCUCCCCCACACUGGAGCUCAAUAAACUGCAAGGCCGAGAACAGUCUGUUGUUAAGAUGGUGGCAAAUACAGAGGAAGAGAUUCAGAUAGAGCACAAACAAAGUGUGAAAGUAGUUUCGUCGCUUCUUCUCAAGUCAAGGCACCACAGUAGGCAUGAUAAAGAUGAAACUCCAGGAAAGGAGUUCCAUGUGAAGACUGAGCCUAGCAGCCCACUGUCUGACCCCUCUGAGAUCAUUAGGAUCACAGUUGGGGAUUCUCUACCAGUUAACCUCAAAAACAAUGAAAUUCAUUUUGACCAAGACCCUACUAAGCCAUUUUCUAAACUCCCUGGAAAGAGAAGGGUGAGGAGAGACAAUCGAAGGUACCCAUUCAAAAAGUCUAAAGGGGUGAACGAACAUGAUUUCCCAUGUGAAGAUGACGAUGACAAUAUGUCAGAAUUUGUACCUCACAACUCCAACAUGGAUGACAAUGAUGAUGACUGGACUGAUGAUCCCAGGAAGAGCAAGAUGUUUAAAUGCUGGAUCUGUUUGAAAGUGUUCAGAUCCAAUGCUGGAUUGCACCGUCAUGUUAACAUGUAUCACAACCCAGAUAAGCCAUAUGCUUGUGACAUCUGCCACAAACGCUUCCACACUAACUUCAAAGUCUGGACCCACUGCCAAACCCAGCAUGGAGUGGUACAAAACCCUGCAUCAUCCUCCAGCUCAUUUGAGCUGGAUGAGAAGUUUCAGAGGAAGUUGAUUGAUAUUGUGCGGGAGAGAGAAAUAAAGAAAGCCUUGCUCAUGAAGCUGAGGAGGAAUAAGCAGGGUUCGCAGUCUCAGGUAUUUGCCAAAAAAGGUGGCCUGAGGUCCAAGUCAAAUUUGAUAUGCCCUUACUGUGGGAAAUUGUUUGUGUUUCUCUAUCAAUUCAAGCAGCAUUUGAAGACACACCCUGCGGAGAGAGACAACCAAGAGACUGAGACAGAGAGCGGUCUCUGCCAAAAGGACCAGCCCAGUCAGAGAGAGAACACGGACACAGAGGUUUACUCCUGCAGGCUGUGCAAUGAGAAGCUGUCCUCUCUCUUUGAGCAGGGAGACCACGAGAGGGGCUGUCGACACGCAACCGUGUGCCCUUACUGUGGCCUCCGAUUCUCCAGCCCAGCGGUUAAAAAAGAGCAUGAAGCACACUGCAAGUACAAGAAACUGACCUGCCUGGAGUGCAUGAGGACCUUCAAGUCUUCCUUCAGCAUAUGGAGACACCAGGUGGAGGUUCACAACCACAACAUUAUGACUGUUAAGGAGCAGCUGAGCCAUCAAGAGGAGAACAAUGGAGAGGUAUCGACCACCUCGGAAGGCCUCUCCACACCCAGGAGUCUGUGAGGAGUGGGGAGCUCCAGAGAGGACAUCAUCGACAGUGACUCCUCAGGUCCGCCUAUGUUGGACUCUGAGGAUUCUUCAUCAUUCGUGCCCGAGGACCUGAAUGCUAGCCAGUGUCACAACGAACAUCACGGCGAGCUGACCGUGAAGGAUGAGCCCAUUGAGGAGGCCGUGAGCGAGAGGGAGGACAUGACGUCUGGGGCCUCCGUCGAGCCUGAGGAGCCAGGUGUGUGGCCAUGCGAAAAAUGUGGCAAGCUCUUUGGUGGCCACAAAGACCUGGAGCGUCACCAGGAGCUGCUGUGCCACAUCAAACCCUUCAUCUGUCACAUCUGCAACAAGGCCUUCAGGACCAACUUCCGCCUUUGGAGCCACUUCCAGUCCCACAUGUCAACCUCCGACGAACCUGGAACGAGAGAGGUUGAUGACAGGCGCCCUUUGUCUCCCUCCCCCUCACCACCACCAGCGGUCACACAUGCAACUGGAUGUCCUGCCCCACAAGUUUUUCCACCUAAACCAAUGGAGGCAGAUUCAGUGGUAGCUAAAGCUGUGGUAGCAAAAGAUAAGGAGAACCCUGGAAGCUCAUCGUCAAUGCCCAGGACAAAGAGGCCAGAGAUGGACAGAUCACACAGUAGCCCCCUACCCAAGAUGGAUAGUGUGGAUAAUUCCCUCACCCCUCAGGAAUCAGAAACCCUUUUUUACCAUGCCCCCACUCUCUCUGCCCUCACAUUUAAGAGGCAGUACAUGUGUAAGCUCUGCCACAGAACAUUUAAGACUGCCUUUAGUCUUUGGAGCCACGAGAAGAGCCAUAGUCACAUUUAAAUGUGUCUCACUCAAACACCUGUACUCUGUUUUGAGCCUCUGAGAUGAUACUUUAUGCUCACAGCAUCGUAAGAGAUCAAAUACAACUCAGCCGGCACAAGAAAGAUUUUGAAUGUAUCUAUUGCUGUUGGUAGUUGGCUUGCCUUCAUGUUAUCUUUUCCAGUGGCCAUGUGUCAUUGAGGUGAGAAAGUGAAUGUCUGCAAUGAACUGCUAUUUGACUCAUCAGCUCCUUUACAAUAGUUACUUUGCCUUUGAUAUUGGAUUUACACAGUACUGACCUAUUUCAGAUAACUCCCUUUCAGUUGGCUUUACCUAUAUAACUAUUUUUUGAGAUUCAAGAAAGUGCUUUAUUUAGGAAUUGCUGUACUGUACAAUUCAAGAACAGUUACGUGCUUUUGUGUUGAUUGAUGUGUGAAGAUUAUAUUAAUGGCCUCAGGCAUCAUGUUUAUUGAUAUGCACUUUGCAAUUCUGUUCAAUAUUUACAUUACAUAUAAUGGUCAAAUUACAUUGAUUUAAUUUCAUUAUGUGAAUCUUUAUUUUGGAUCCUCUGCAUUCCAUUAACAUUUCAGCUGUAAUCUGUUUUGUACCAUAAAAGUAUGGUUUUCA